GUCCUGCAACACGUCCGGAAGCUGGUUUCAGCACGGUCCUGGAGGGCGAAUCAAGCCCAGAAGCGGCGAAGGAAUCCGCAGUGCACGAUGAUGCUGCGGAGGUCAAGCCACGGCUACAAGGGACUCCACUGUUGGCAGAUGUUUGCCGACGCAUGCGCCAGGCAGCGGAGCAGAUGUUCCAAGCAGAACUUGCAGAGCAGGCGCCAGGAGGAAAUGUCGCCUGGUACCUCAGCAAGGCGCUGGAAAGAGGCCUCAGUUGCGUUGUGUCGCCGCUACCACGAUUCGAGCUGAAUGCAGUGGACCCUGCCGAGGGCACGGCGCUGCACUUCGCAUGUAGCCGAGAGCUGGGGAAUGCUGCGCUAGCCCUACUGGCAUGUGGAGAUUUCGAUCUCUCGGUUCCAAAGGUCCGAGAGAGAGACGGCAGCACCGCCCUUCACCUGGCGGCGGCGAGCGGCUUGGAGGCCGUGGUGCAGGCACUGAUCAAUCGAGCAGACUUUGCGGAGUUCAUGGGCAUAGUGGACAAGGAUGGCUUCACGGCGCUUCAUGGAGCGGCUUUUCGAGGUCAUUUGGGCUGCGUCCAAGCACUGGUCCGCUCUCCUUUGGUGUCAGAGGACAUUAUCGCAGCCUGCGGAAAUUUCGAUGUACCCAGGCCACAUGGGCAUUGGGCACUGGAAGCUGCUGAGAUCUAUGACAUGAACACAGCUCUGCACAUGGCUGCUGCAACUGGACGAGCAGAAAUCUGCCAGCUGCUGCUCAUUCAUGGACCCUCUGCGGCCAACAAGGUGAACCGCAUGGGUGCGACAGCUCUUCAUAUGGCCGCCAAAGGUGGCUUCGUUUCCACUGUGGAAGCGCUGCUGGCAUCAACAUGCUUUAAUGCCGUGAAUGCGCGGGAUGCUCGUGGCUUCACGGCCUUGCACUGGGCAGCUCAGCAGGUGCAUGCAGACAUCUGCCUUGCAAUCUUGGGCUGCCAGGACUUCUUCCAGAUUGAAUCCAAGGAUCUCCGAGGGCGCACUGCUGCGAACAUCGCAGAGGAGUUGCAGCACUUCGAGGUGCAACGGCAGAUCCUUCAGCGCUGCCGGAAGCCGCUGGAUUGA